AUGUCCGACUCUGAAUCAACAAUCACCCGUUCAUCCAUAAGCAUUUCCAAUGAACGAAAAAAACGUAAAAAUAAAAUGAAUGCAACAUCUUCAAAUAAUGAUAUGCCGGCAGAAAGAAGCAAUAGAAGACAUACUUCAUACUUUUUUCGCAAAGACCCCAAUAAUAAUGAUGUAGCAUAUUUUAUAAUUUGUGAACGAACCAGUAAAAAACCCUAUCCCUAUAGCCGUAGAGGCGGUUCAACUUCAAACUUAUCCUGUCAUUUACGAGAUAAGCAUGAAAUAACGAAUUUAAUUUUUUAG